GUAGAACCAUCAGUCUCUCAGUUGCUCAUAAGCUAACAAGUAAAUUAAAAGCUACAAUUGCGAAAAUGAAGUUGACAUUAGUUGUGUUGUGCUGCAUUUUGCAGACAAUAGCUGCGAAAUACAUUGACUCCGAACAAAUUUUGUUCCCACCGCAAUCACCAUCAAACAGAAUUGUUGGAGGCGUCGAUGCUGAGGAUGGUGCAGCUCCGUUCCAAUGUUCAUUGCAAGUGAACAAAAGACAUAACUGUGGAUGUGCUAUCGUUUCGGAAAAAUGGGUUGUCACCGCCGCCCAUUGUGUUGCUGGUCAAUCUGCAAAAAAUCUGGAAAUCUACGUUGGGUCAAAUGACUUGAAGAAUGGUGGAACGUCUUACAAAGUUGAGAAAAUCAUUGCUCACGAGCAAUACAACAAGCCUGCUUACGCUUAUGAUAUUGCUGUGGUUCGUGUACAAGGAUCAAUCACAUUCAGUGAUAAAGUCAAAACAAUCGAAUACUCUUCGGAAGAAGUUCCCGAUGGCGCCGUUCUCCAACUAACUGGAUGGGGUACAUUGCAAGUCGGCGGUGCAUCACCACAACUCUUGCAAAUCAUUAAAUUGAAUGCAGUCCAAACCGAAAGAUGUAAAGAGAUCUAUGGUUCAAGUGCACCUGUCCACGACUCCCACAUCUGUACAUUGACCAAAGUUGGUGAAGGCGCUUGCCAUGGUGACUCCGGUGGUCCACUGGUUAACAGCAACAAAUUGAUUGGAAUCGUCAACUGGGGAACUCCUUGUGCCAGAGGCAAGCCAGAUGCCUACGCAAAGGUCGCCUUCCUAUUUGAUUGGAUUAAAAAUAAUACCGCAUCAAAUUGAAAUAAGUCAAAUAAAUCCUCUUUUGUUUGUAAUCAAUGAAUUCAACUAAUAUAAAUAAAGAAUUUUCAUUCUGAAUUAAAUCAAAA